AUGGAAGGGCGUUCCAAGUGGUGCACACUCCGACAGCAAAAGAUUGACGUCGGCAUUCAAGUCAACACUUUGGAAUCACUAAAUUGUCAGCGUGAUCGUGACGAAUGUGCUCAGGGUUCUGCCACUGAUUUCACAUCAGACUCGGAGACUGAAGCACCCGAUACGCAUCAGUCUGUUCGUUGUUUCACCCCUGGUCACGUGGCCCGUCCUUGUUGCGGUCCACAGGCACAGUGCGUGAACACAUACGGUGGCUACCACUGUGUUUGUCCCAGUGGUUGGACUGGUGCACAUUGUGAAUACCCGCCAGCGCUUUGGCCCGAAGGCUAUCAUCCGGUUGUGAACCGAACGGAAAAAGAAGCGUUGGCUGCUUCGGAUAAGCUGAGUCUGUUUCUUUUCAACAAUGAGAUUGAGAAUGCAGUAAGCUACGGGGUUAUCGUUGCUAUUGUUGUCUCAAGAAUAAUUUUGCGUCCAAGAUUGGCAUCCAAUGUAUAA